AUGCUCCACACUUGCUCCGACAAAUACACCCAUAGACAUAACAAGGUUGCAGCAUACAUACAUUGGAUUAUAUGCAGAGAGUUAGGUGUACAGGUGCAGGACAAGUAUUAUGAACACGUUCCCGAGAAAGUUCUAAAUAUAAACGACACUGUAGUCCUAUGGGAUGUACCAAUUAUCAGAGACCGAACAAUAUUAACCAACAGGCCGGACCUGGUAUUCCAUGACAAGAAAAACAGUAUCUGCCUCCUGAUCGACGUGUCUGUUCCAGACGACAACAACAUAUCAGCGAAAGAAGUAGAGAAGAUCAGCAAGUAUAAAGAUCUUGAAAUUGAAAUCAGCAGAAUGUGGAACACGAAGACGAAAGUAGUCCCAGUAGUAGUUGGUGCACUGGGUAUGCUUACUAAAGGUCAUAGUAAUUUCAUCAAACUUAUACCUGGCCACCCAUCAACGAACGAAGUACAGAAGAUAGCUUUGCUGGGAACAGCACACAUACUCCGAAAGGUGUUAGGGUGA